AUGAUUUCUGAUUAUGUUGAAGGUGUUCUGGUUGCAUCUCCUUAUUCACUUACAAUCACUGCGAUAGCUGUUCUUUUAGGGUUCAUAUUUUACAUCACAAGAGACAGAAAUGUACCACCAGGUCCCACCGGAGUUCCUAUAUUGGGUAUUUAUCCAUUUCUGAAGGACGAAGAUUUGCAUCUGCAGCUGGAUAAAUACGUAAGGAAGUAUGGAGACAUCUCCAGCUUCAGAGCGGCUGGUAAACUAUUUAUCAACCUGGGAAGUGUGAAAGCUAUACGGGAAGUCUAUGUUAAUAAUUCGGAGUACUUUACCGGAAGAUCCAGGGAUUACAAUGCACUAAGUCCUUUGUUUGGUGAUGGUAUCUUUCUUACCAAUGAUGAAGCAUGGAAGACUCUUCGAAAAUUCUUCAUUAAUAACUUCAAAGUUAAUGGCUUGAUAUCCAUGAAAGAUAACGUGACAGAAGUGUAUGAUACCAUCGAUUCCACUAUCAAAGACUUGCGUAGCCUAAAUGGUGAACCUGUCGAUAUUGUUGAGAUUGUGAAUAAUAAAUUCAUGAAUACAGCGCGUUGCACAUUCUUCGGAGAAGAUGGUAUCUCCAUGGAGCACUUUCGUAAAUUAAUUGAUCAUUUCAUAAUUGCACUUGAAAUCUUGGCUGGAACUUAUACUCUUCUUUAUGGAACUAUAGCAAAAUAUUUCGUCAUACCAUUCGUUCCCGGUUGUCGUGCGCCUAUUGACUCCCAGAUACAAAUGAAAGCUAUCCUAUUCGAAGUCAUAGACCACCACGAGAAGACCCUGGAUGAAAAUCACACCCGGAACAUAAUCGAUGCUUUUCUGAAAGACCGAAACGAACGAAGGAGGAAGGGCGAUCAUACUGCUGAAUAUUUUACAAAAGAAGCUUUGGCUGGCUCACUUGCUCAGUUUUUCGGAGAUGGUCACCAAGCUAUUGUAAUCUUUGUUGCAAAAUUAUUUCUUGCAUUGGUACAACAUCCAGAAGAACAAGAAAAGAUAUACAAGGAAUUGGUAGACGUCGUUGGCACGGACAGGAAUCCAACCUUAGAGGACAAAAGCAAGUUACCUUAUGCGAACGCCUUCAUGUAUGAGCUUUCAAGAACAUCGAAUUUAUUGCCUUUUCUCCCCAGUCUUGUGUGUACAAAGGAAACAACUUUAAGAGGUUAUAGGAUUCCCAAAGGAUCCAUGACUUUGCUCAAUUUCUGGUCAGCUCACCAUGAUCCAGAAACCUUCGAAGAUCCAUUUAAGUUCAAUCCAUCAAGAUACUUAACCUCUUCGGGAAAGCCUAAAGCAGAACUUCCAGUUACCUUUGGAAUAGGUAGACGUGCGUGUAUAGGAGAAUCAUACAGUAUGACUCUGGUUUUACUUUAUAUGUUAACUGUAGUCAAAAACUUUCGCUUAUCGUUCCCUAAAGAGGAAGAGUAUUCUAUUCCUGGAUUGUAUACAAUGAAGUUGAAAAUAAUCGCAACUCCGAGAUAAUAAAAGAACUCCCACUUCCAGCGAAACAUCAAUUUUACUUUAUUGCAGAAAAUCCUUCGCUUGUAUACGCUAAUA